AUGAAAGAACAACUCAGCAAAACUCUAGAGAAGUUGAAUGAAAUGGAACAACUGAGGGAGAAAUUAAAAGCCAGUAAGUCUAGAAUUGAAGCGGAGUUAAUGGACAUGCUGACAAUAACUCAGAAACUUCAUGAGCAGGAAGAAGCAAUGACAGACUUAAUCCAGGAGCGAGAUUACCUGAAGGACAAAUUGAAUUCUCUCCAAGCGGAGAGGGAUCUCAUUAGUAAAGAGAUGCAAGAAGCGAAAUCAAUGGUAAAAUAUUAUUAGUUUUUACUAAGAUCCCUUUUCCUUUCUUUUUUACUAUUUACAGUUUAUUGAUUUUUGUAAAAUUGCAAAAGUGCAUCUGCCAACCAACCUUUCCUUCCCAAUGUCCUUUUAAUAGCUUGUACUUUCAUAUUUGUGCUGGUCUUUUAAUGGAAGGGGAAAGUAAGCCAGAAACCUUUACCAGUUGGAUAUUCUACCAUCGCAAGUUACAGUUCUAGGAAUCGAGAGCAGAUUUUCAUAGACCAAAUAAUGCACACAGACUGGGGGAAUGUUGUGCAUGCCCGUGUGAGACCAGGAGCCUGUUCAGGCAAAGUAACAGCUGGCGGAGUGGAAAUGGAGCUGGUGGUCUAAAGCUGGCCUUAAAUCUUGGAACAGGAGGAUUUGUAAGCCAUUGAGGAAAGGCUUGUGCUUCAAAUCUAGUGGCAGGGGAUGGGUCUUCUUGCUCCAACAUAUGGUGUUCCUGGCAGCAGGCAGCCUGGAGAAGGGUUUGGGCAUUAGAGAAUUAGGGAGCUCCAGGCCCCACCUUUCAAGGUAAACUCUUCAUAAAACUGAGUAAGAAAGCAGAAUUUACUUAUUGUGUGUUUCUUUUUAUAUAAAACCUGACUCAGGUCCAACAGAUAAGAGAAAGGUCUCUUGAACUGGCGCAAGUGUUUGAGUCAAAAGAAGAGCAAAGUCAGACGGAACGCAAUACACAGCAGCAAUCUUGA